UGCAUAGCUCUCUCUUUCUUCAGAAGUUGUCUGGUUCUUGAAGGUUCUUGGUGAGAAAUCAUUAGUCAACUAUGGGGUCUCAGAGAUUUCCUGGGUUUUUGCUUGUGAUGUUCUUGAUGAUGGUGAUGAUGGGGUUUCUUCUUGGGUCAUCCCAGGCUUACCAGUUCCAUGUUGGUGGUAGAGAUGGUUGGGUUUUAAACCCUUCUGAGAACUACACUCUCUGGGCUCCUAGAAACAGGUUUCAAGUCAAUGAUACUCUUUUUUUCAAGUACAAGAAAGGAUCCAACUCAGUCUUGGUGGUGAUCAAGGACGAUUACUACUCAUGCAACAUCAAGAAACCUAUACAGUCCUUAACAGAUGGUGACUCCAUCUUCAAAUUUGAUCGUUCAGGGCCCUUCUACUUCAUCUCUGGCAAAGCUGAUAACUGCAAUAACGGCCAAAGGUUGAUCACUGUUGUCAUGGCUGUUAGACCGAAACCUCAACUUACUCCUGUUCCUGCUCCUCAAUCUCCCUCUCCAGUGGCAGCUGCUUCGCCCACUAGUUCUCCUCCAUACCUGCCAGAGACUCCGGCGGAGUCUACCACAGAUAACCCAACAGAUCCAAGUGCUCCAGCACCAGCACCAGCACCAGCAAAUUCAGGUUCUGGGUGUUUUACUGGUUUAGUUGGGCUGGUUUUGGGUGCUAGUAUUGGGUUCAGCAGUUUGAUGUUGGGUUAGCUUUGUUGGGAUGGUUUGAUUUAGCUGUCUGCUUGAUUAAUUAUUUUUUGUUCUUUAUUGUUUUUCUAUUUUAGCUUUUGUGAUCAAUAAGAAUGAGCUAGUUUGUGGUUA